UAGCCUCACUCAGCUAAGUUCUGUCAGCCAUGUUGUAUUUAGCAACUGCCCUCUGCCUCAUUGGUACUGUCUUGGGUCAUGCCAGACUGUACGAUCCUCCUGGUAGAUCAUCAAUGUGGAGAUUUGGGUUCAAGAAUCCUCCCAACUAUGAUGACUCCCAAUUGUGGUGUGGUGGAAUUGCUAGGCUCUGGGGAACUAACAAAGGGAAGUGUGGAAUUUGCGGUGAUGCAUGGAAUUCUCCUGAGCCAAGACCCAACGAGGAUGGCGGAAAGUACGGCAAUGGAAUCAUCGUGAGGACCUACAAGUCAGGCCAGGAAAUCACAGCCAAAAUAAAUGUCCUCGCUAACCAUUUUGGGUUCUUCGAGUUCAAGCUCUGUCCUGUCCAAGAAGGUGUGAAAGUUGACCAGGAAUGUCUGGACAAGCACCCCAUCGCUCUCGCUGAUGGUUCUGGAUAUCGCUUCACUUUGGGUAGCAGGCGAGGUAUUGUCGAAGUUCCUUUGAGAUUGCCAGAGGGUCUGAAAUGCGAAAGAUGCGUCUUCCAAUGGCACUGGAAAGCAGCCAACAACUGGGGUAUUUGCCCGGACGGCAAAGGAAAACUUGGUUGUGGACCUCAAGAGUACUUCAGAGGAUGUGCUGACGUCAAAAUCGAAUAGAACACCAUUUAAAAACAAAAUACUGUGCCAUUAUGCUAUAAUAAAACGUUUAUGAACAACCUACAAUUCCGACCGUUGACUGAAUUUCGAAGGAUUCGUUAAAGACGCUGCAUGCGUUUUAGUUUUGUCUUCUAUGAUGCAAUGUAAAUACAUUUCCAUAAAGAUCAUUUUUAUUAAAGUUUUCUUGCUUUUGUCA